CGUAUUAAUAUAUCACUCUCUCAUUCGAACUACUUUCAAGAUGUCAGCCUCCAUGACAAAAUGCUGUCAAAGGAUGGUUCCAAAUUUAUUAUCAUCUUUCAAUGGUUUACCUGUUGUCCAGAUAAGGACUGCUAAAAAGAUGAGAGGUGGGGCAGGGAGAUCCACAAUGGAUACUGGCAGAGCAAGAAGGAGGAAUAGGGGUAUCAGAGUGCAGGAUGGUGCAUUUGUUCAUGGAGGUCAAGUUCUUGUGAAACAGAAUGGCCUUCGAUUUUAUCCAGGAGAAAAUGUGGAUAUUUCGGGCAACUACACCAUUUCGGCCAUAUGUGAUGGGAAGGUUAUAGUAUCAUGUGAGCGCCUCAACCCAAAGCCAGAUAGUCCACUUUUUGCACCUGUACAAAAAGGUGUAGUCAUAUACAAAAAGUUCUUUAAUGUUUAUCCAACCCCACUUCAUGGAAAAUUCAGACUAGUUGAUGAAGUGUGAUAAAACUGUAAAUGUGACCUUCAGUGUGAAAGAA